UAGCUGGCUAGCUGCUGUAUAUCACAGAACACUAGUACUCCUAGCGGAGCUGUAUAUUUUAUAUAACUUACUAACCUAUUAAUUAUUUUUUAUCUGUUCAAUGAAGAAUGAGUCUUACAUGCAAAGUAAAUAGUACGAGCAGUCAAUUGACUGUAUCAGACUUGGAUAUCACACCUCCGAGAAAAAUCGCCAAGAUCAACAAGCAUCGUCAACAAAAAUUCAGAGACGCCUGGCUUAAAAAUGAAGAUUAUAAGCAAUGGCUUAGCAAUGUGCCAGAAAACCAGUACAAAGCUAAAUGCCGUACAUGUAAUGUAAUAAUGAAUGCAGAGUUGACUGUGAUAAAAAAUCAUAUGAAAUCGAAAAUUCAUCUUCGUAAAUAUUUAGCAGCCCAACAGUCAAUCUCUACUUUUAUGAAAAAGACUGACGAAAUCGGCACGAAAGCCAAAGCAACUCAAGCACUUGAAAUAAAGUUAUGUGGUUUUCUAGCCGAACAUAAUAUAUCCUCCACUACUUUAAAUCAUUUGACAACACUAUUGCAAAGUUCUGUGCCUGAUUCUGAAAUUAUUAAUAAAAUGCAGAUGAAAUCGACGAAAGCAACAGCGAUAAUAAAAAAUGUCAUUGCUGAAGCCGAAAAAGAAUAUCUACAAAAAAAAUUGCAGAUCAAUCGGUUCAGUGUUUUAAUCGAUGUUUCAACUGAUAUUGGGGGCAUACAAACGAUGUGCAUCAUUGUAAGGUUUUUUGAUGAAGAAGAGGGUCGAGUGGUCAGCAAGUUUUGGCAUCUCUGUCAAAUUUUUGAGCAAAAUUCGGAAGUGGAGAGUGCUACGGCAGAAUAUUUGUUCGGCCUAGUAGUGAAGUCUUUUGAAGAUUACGAGAUUCCAUCAGAGAACAUCAUUGGAUUAGCGUCAGAUGGAGGCAGUCCAAUGAUGGGAAAAGAUAACUCGGUAGCUUCAAGAUUUCCCGAAAAAUGCCCUGGCAUUUACAUUUUCAAGUGUAUAUGCCACUCAUCAUCAUUGGAUCUUUGUGCCAGCAGUGCAUAUCCUGUUUUAAAAUUAGUCUCGAAUCUGAAUCCUUCGAAAGCAAUGUUAAGAGAGACCAGAGAUAUUGUCCCCAGUUUGCUGCCCUUGAUGAAGGCUUUGCCUCGUAUUGCACCAAGUAAUCAACAUCAAAUAAUCGAUGACGAGUGGCGUCAAUUACCGUCUUUCGAGCUCCCGGAAGGUAUUGAUGUAAAUGAUCCGGUCGAUAUUUUUUGGGCAAAGCUGUUGGAACUUGAAGAAGGAGACCAAGGAAUGACUUUUAAAAACAUUUCAAAAUUUGUUCUCGAAGUAAUUUCACUUCCACACUCGAAUGCUGACAGUGAACGCAUAUUCAGCCAAGUUAACUUAGUUAAAACUAAGGCUCGCAAUAAAAUGACAGUCUCGACGGUAAACGGUGUGCUAUUAGCUAAACAACGAGUUAGAGGCAAAGGAAACGAUUGCACAACGUAUGAUCCAUCACAGAGCGAAUACAGUCGGAUGAACAAAGCGUUACGUACUCUAUAAAAAAAAAACUAUUACUACAGAAAGCACUGCCAGAACGGUUCAAGAUUUGUAUAGUGACAUGGAUGUAGAGGAAUUUAAUAUUAUUUUAAUGUCAAGCGAUUUCUAAGUGAUAACACAAAUAAUUAAUCUUUAUGUAAACGUCAACUAUUUUUGAAAAAUUAUAUUAAAAUAUAAUAAUUAUA